AUGGACAUCGAUCAAUAUCAAAUGAGUCUUCCAAUUGCUACGUAUUCGUCACCUUCCGGUGAAUCCCACACUUUUACAGUAGAUGCCAAUCAGAAGCGUUAUCAGAUGACCCAUGGCGAAACAACUGGUCCAUCAGCAUAUGUUUUGAAAGCGGGGCAGGUCGAUAGAGAUUGUCCUAGUGAUCCUAAAAAGGAUGCGAACACUGGAACUCAUACCAACUUAUCACGGCUGAGGAUGCAGCUAACUGGGCUUCAGGAUGAUAUUAAUAGAUAUUUGACUUCCGAAAUGGAGCUGGCAAAAAGUAAGAGGUCGAAGUCUGAAAAUUGUGACAGCGACACGGUAAAGGAACAAGGGCAAGAGCAAGAUAUUAACAAUAAUGUUGGCUGA